GUUUGCCGGAGCGGCUCCUUUCUAGCUGGGAAGGAAUCCCCUGGCCAAGUCAGGAUUCCCGGCCGUUGUCUCCAGUCUCCUGCCCAGCCGACAAGACGGAAAGGCAGCGGCCUGGACUUCCGCCGGCUUCCUGGCUACUUCCGAUAUCUAACUGAAAUAUGAUGUAUUGAAUGAGAAACCAUUGCUGAGGAAGCAAUGAAUGAGCCAAGAGCUGCAGGGACAGAUCGGGAGCCAAAAGGAACAGAAAAAACCCCCAGUGCAAUUCAUCGCCAGCAUAAGAAGGAGCGCCUGGAAUGGGGAGCGUCACAACAUUGCCAAAGGGAGACCUGUCACGGGAUGCAGGAGCGCUGGGAAGCCCAGCUCCAGCAGUUCCUGAAAUCUCUGCAGCCCGUUUUAACAGGACGGGGAAGCUCUGGGAUGUCCGAGGCUUCUCCCUGGGAGGACACCAAGGAGUUUCUGGCCUCCUUUGAGCAAGUGGCCAAAGCUUGCCGAUGGCCUCGGGACCAGUGGGCAGCCCAUCUCCUGCCAGCCCUGAGCGGAGAGGCAGAAGAGGCCUUCCGAGGCCUGGAAACCAGAGACCAGGAAAACUAUGAGAAAGUGAAGGCCGCCAUCUUACGGGGAGAAGCCCUGAGAACGGAGAGGCAGCGGCAGCACUUUCGGCAAUUCUGCUGCCAAGUGGUAGAGGAUCCCCGGAGGAUCCACAGCCAACUCCAGGAUCUUUGCCGCCAGUGGCUGAAGCCGGAGAGACGCACCAAAGAGCAGAUCCUGGAGCUGCUGAUCCUGGAGCAGUUCCUGGCCAGCCUCCCACCGGAGCUCCGGAGUUGGAUCCAAGCCAGGAGGCCGGAGUCGUGUUCCCAGGCGGUGGCUCUGGUGGAGGACUUCCUGAUGAGUCAACAGUGGGCCAAAACCAGGCCUUCUCAGGGUCCAUUAAAAGAAGAGCCCGUGGACUUCCUAGUAGCAGAGAACGAGGCCCCGAAGGCCCCCAAGGGACCAGUCUGCGGUGAACCUGAGCCGGAUGUGGAUGCCAAAUUGCUGGUAGUCAAUGGAUUCAAACCACCACGUGUCUCUGUUUUGCUAACUCCUCCUGAAGAAGUGAUCCAGACUGAUGGGAAAGAGAAAUCCAGGGAUUUCAGGGAAACUGGAGGGUCUCUGCAAAUUGUCAAGCAGGGCCUGACCCAACCAGGCCUACAAAAGACGAUGCUGUGGCAAGUCCUGCAGGAGGCCGACGACACCACAAACCGAGAUAAUUCAGGGAACGAAAUUGGAAAUGUCAUCAAAGUUGAGAUUUCUCAGGAUGGAGAAACUGAAAGAGAAGAUGCUUGCAGAAUGGAGCCACAGACCAGCUACAGCCACGUGCCUGUAAAAGGCAAGAGGGUGGGAGGAAGAUCUGAGCCACAAGGAGCAUCGCCACAAGGAGGAGCAGAAAAGGGAUGUCAUGAGCUGGCAGACGUUCAUCGGAAGAGAUACCAGAGAACUCCCCUUCCACAUUCCUUUCCUAGGGAGGGCACUCAUGGGGUCCCGAAACCCCCCUCAAGCAAGCCACCCUCCCUAAAGAGACCCCGCACUAGUCCGGAGCACAGCGUGGUGUGGGACCACUUUCAGUUGGAUUCGGAGGACCCCUGCUACGGCAUUUGCAAUCACUGCAACAGACGCAUCAGCCGAGGCAAGAACUCAAAACGUUAUUCAACGUCGGGGCUGCUGAAACAUCUGCAGCGGCAUCACGCCAACUUUGUCCCGGCGGUCAUUACCGCGCCACGAACUGCGUUGCCGGCGAGCAGAAAGGCGAAGGGGCCUGUCCUGCCGCAGGGCUGGACGAAGAAGAAGUCAGCUGGUAAAAGGCAGGCCGGCCCAAAGCCUUUGGAAGUGACCCGUGCUGUGGAUCCGAUGGUGGCUUUGGACGACCAGCCUUUCCGCAUGGUGGAGGAUGCAGGUUUCCAGCACCUCCUGAAGUUGCUUGCCCCCAAAUAUAAAAUCCCAUCGGGUACCACCUUCAGCCGACAGAUCAUGCCCUCCCUGUAUCAGGCCUGCAGGGAGGAGGCCUUGGGGAUGCUUCAAACCCCAGGACCCCCUGCCAGUGUGAACGUGAGCUCCGAUGAAUGAAUGAGAGCCGGUUUUCUGCCUUCCUUUGAUAUUGGAUUUAUUACAUUUAUAUGCCGCCCUUUUCCCCGAAGGGGACUCAUGCGGAUAUGCGCUUGCUCCUGUGAGCGGCUGUAGGGGGCCGGUGUUAGUUGGUGGUAGGGUAAACGAUUUUAAUUCACGAUUUUAAUUCACUGAUUAAAUCCAUCACACCCCCAAAAUUGAAGUAAUAGGCAAAUGUGUCAGCAAAAUGUAGAAAAGCAAUGGAAAAUGUGAAAUAAAUUACACCUUGUAUGUAAAGAAAAAAAG